AUGAUCAAAGUCGCAUUAAUCACAGGAGGAGCCAGUGGAAUGGGCCUGGCCGUAGCCAAAGCCCUAUCCUUGCGCGAAGAUUGGGAAAUACACAUCCUUGACAUAAACUCAGAGCGCGGAGCCCAUACAGCAAAAGAUCUACCCCGAACGACAUUCCACUACGCCAAUGUGACUAAAUACAGCGACCUUGCAGCCGCGUUUCAGAGCAUGUUUCAGCAGCAUAAGAAGCUGGACUUUGUAUUCGCAAAUGCAGGUAUCAUCGAGCGCACCAAUUUCUACUCUACACCAGCAGAUGACAGCGAGGAUGUGUAUCCGCCACCGGAGCCGGACCUGCUCUCGAUCGACGCUGAUCUGAAGGGUGUCAUCUUCACGUCUUACCUGGCCCAGCAUUAUUUCCAUCACUCCCCUCAUAGGGGCCGAAGCUCUAGUCUGGUUAUGACUUCUAGCUGUGGUGGGCUGUAUCCAUCUUUCUAUUCGCCGCUGUAUUCUGCGGCCAAAUUCGGCGUGGUAGGAUUCAUGCGAUCGAUAGCGCAACAUUUCCACGCAAGCGGGAUCCGCGUGAACGCUAUUUGCCCAGGAAUUGUGCGCACCAAUCUGGUCGACUCGACGGGCUGGGACAGUUUCCCGCCUGAACGGUUCAUCGAUGUGGAAACGAUUGCCCGGCUAGUUCUCCAGCUUGUGGAUGGCGGCGAACCCGCGGGCCUGGGAUUGACCGAUACCCCCGGCAAGCAUUUGCCCCUGGAUGAGCUGUACGGAGUGGCGGUGGAGAUUUCGGACAGCGGGUUAUACUUCCGGGAUCAGCAUUCUUUUUGUGAUGAGGGUAUGCGUGAGGUUAUGGGGGCGACAGUGGUCGAGAAUCAGGUGGGUGCUGUGCUUAAUGGCUAA